UCUCUGCCUCAGGCUACCUCACCCUCUCACCCUCUCACCCUCUCACCCUCUCGCAUCUCUCUCGCCUCUCUCACUCUCUGCCGCCUCAGGUUCUUAGCGACUCAGCGAUUCUUACUCUCAUUGUCUGUGGAGACUGCCCUCUGGCUCAAGGAGUGUACGCUUGUUUCCAUAUUUCGUAUUCUAAACAUCUUAACUACUUGAGAGUUCCAGAACAACAAGAAAUGACCAGCGAGUGUUGUUCAAUUCAACUCAUUGAUGGGGAUGGUACAUUCAAUGUUGCUGGAAUUGAACAUUUCAUGACAAAGGUUAAAUUGGCAGAUUGUGGGCGUUCAUAUGUUGUUGUUUCAAUUAUUGGCCCACAAAGUAGCGGAAAGAGCACACUGUUGAAUCAUCUAUUUGAUACAAACUUUAGAGAGAUGGAUGCUUUUGAAGGAAGAACACAAACCACAAAAGGUAUUUGGAUGGCUCAAUGUGUUGGAAUUGAACCCUGCACCCUUGUAAUGGAUUUAGAGGGCACCGAUGGAAGAGAGAGAGGAGAGGAUGAUACAGCAUUUGAAAAACAAAGUGCCUUGUUUGCCCUUGCUGUUUCUGAUAUAGUUUUAAUAAACAUGUGGUGUCAUGAUAUUGGCCGUGAGCAAGCAGCAAAUAAGCCUCUGUUGAAAACUGUUUUCGAGGUCAUGAUGAGAUUAUUUGGUCCCUCCUAUAAAACUACCCUACUGUUUGUUAUACGUGACAAAACAAAGACCCCCCUUGGCAGCUUGAAGUCUUCUUUAAGGGAAGAUAUUCAGAAGAUCUGGGAUACAGUCCCUAAGCCGGAAACUCACAAGGAAACUCCUCUUAGUAAAUUUUUCAAUGUUGAGGUUGUCGCUCUUAAUAGUUACGAGCGGAAAGAGGAACUGUUUAAAGAGCAGGUGGCUGAUCUAAGACUACGGUUCUUUCACUCUAUUACACCUGAUGGGCUUGCCGGAGGCAGGCAGGCAGUUGUUCCAGCUUCAGGUUUUUCAUUUAGUGCACAACAAAUUUGGAAGGUUAUAAAGGAGAACAAAGACCUUGACCUGCCUGCACACAAGGUUAUGGUGGCUACUGUACGAUGUGAAGAAAUUGCAAAUGAAAAAUUUGCCUCUUUUACUGCAAAUGAGGAAUGGUGUCAACUUGAUGAAGCAGUUCAGUCUCAUGCUGUGCCUGGCUUCGGGAAGAAGCUUAGUUCAAUGCUGGGUACUUUUCUAACAGCGUAUGAGGCUGAGGUCACAUUUUUUGAUGAAGGUGUGAGAUUGUCUAAGAGAAUGCUGUUGGAAAAGAAACUGCUGCAGCUUACCCUACCAGCCUAUCAAUCCAUGCUGGGACAUAUACGAUCUAAAACUUUAGAAACAUUCAAAAUGGAAUUUGAUAUUGCAUUGAAUAAAGGGAAAGACUUUGCUAUGGCUGCUCGUGGCUGCACUGAGUCCUCUAUGGCCCAGUUUGAUGAAAGAUGUGCCGAUGCUGUCAUUGACCAAGCUAAUUGGGACUCGUCUAAAACAAGAUAUAAGCUCACACGUGAUAUAGAUGGACAUAUUGCUGUAGUCCGUGCAUCCAAGCUGGCUGAACUUACAACACUUUAUGAGACAAAGUUGAAUGACGAAUUAUUUGGACCAGUUGGGUCUGUAUUAGCUGGAGUUAGUGAUGAUCCAUGGACAAAAAUAAGACAAUUCCUACAGGAUAAGACAAAAGCUGCAGUGUCAUCUUUUUCUGCAGCACUUUCUGGCUUUGAGAUGGAUAAAGAAACCAAAGAUAGUAUGCUAUCAAAGUUGAAGGAUUAUGCAAGAGGGGUAGUUGAAACAAAAGCAAAAGAAGAAGCUGGAAGGGUUUUGAUCCAUAUGAAUGAUAAAAUUGUUGGCAGGUUUAUAACAUCAUUUAGCUAUGAUUCCGAUUCAAAACCCCGAGAUUGGACAUGUUGGCAAGACAUCAAUGCAAUUACCAAAACCGCAGAAUCAUCUUCUCUCAAAUUACUCUCAGUUUUGGCUGCUAUUCGCUUGGAGGAAGAAACUGACAAUAUUGAAAAGAUCCUUUUCGAUGCUUUAAUCAAAAGUAAAUCAGGUGGUGCUGCCAACAAAAGCACCACGUCAUCUGACCUUCUAGCAUCAAUAUAUUGGGAUGAGGUUCCUGCAUCAAAAACGUUGAUAACACCUCACCGGUGCAAAUUGAUUUGGAAACAAUUUGGAACUCAGACAAGAUCUACCGUCUUCCAAGCUAGGACUGCUAAGGAGGCUUGCGAAUUGGAGAAGAUAAGGAAGGUGAAUUUGUUACUAAGUUUUGUGCGUAUGUCUUGGGGCGGUGUUUCAUUUUAAUACCUAUUACUAUGUUUGUUUGUACUUACCUUCAAAAAAUGUUUGUUUGUCUACUUUUGUUAUCCUAUUAUUGGAAUUAAAAUUCUUAGUAAUUACAAAACA